AUGGCCACCGAUAUCAAGCGCCACCGCAAGAAGCCGGUGCUCCUCCCUCCAUCAACCCCAAAACACGACAGCAGCCCAGAGCUCGGCAGUCCGUCCAAGAUACUGCAGUACAACAAGAAAACGGGUCGCCCCAUCCGCAAAAGCGCCGGCAAGGUCAAGCGGGUUGCUGGCUACGUUGAUUCUAGCCUGCUCGAGGACGAAGAAGGCUACGAAUCGUCGGCCUCUGAAGAAAGCGAGGACGAAGACAUGAUCAAGCGAGGCCGCGCAGAGAAGACGAGGCAGAAGCGCAAGCGGAGCCCAUCACCGCCGUCUCCGCACCUCGAUCCCGUCAUCUACAGCCAGGAAUUGGGCGAAUUGACCGACGACGAGACGGGUGGGGCCUUCCAUCGCAGCACACCGAAGAAGCCACCCAUCACCUUGCAAUUCAAUGUACCUCUCGGUUUCCAUGGCCCGCUAUUCGUCAAGCUCGACAGCGCACUACUGAAGGACAAUGAGGACGGUGGCCGCCAUGACAUGCGCAAAGUACCAUCGAAGAAGGCACGGACCGAAGACUCGUCAGUCCCAGCGGCCGCAGUACUCACAGCGCGCUUCCCAAGCUUCACCGACCUGCCGCCCGAGCUGCGAAACGCCAUCUAUCGACAUGCGUUUGUUCGCGAUGUCGCACUUAACAUUCCCCAACGUCCCUUGCGCCCGGGACUUUGUCUGUCCGGUCAAUUCCUCCGCACCUGCAAACUUGUUCAUGAUGAAGGAUGCUCGAUUCUAUAUGGCGAAAACGAGUUCUUCUUUCAACGCCAUUACGAUACUCGUUCACCAUUCUGGGAACCCAAACUUAAGGAAAUUGGCUAUCAGGACGUCCUUCAGUUCCUUAAGAUGAUCGGACCCGAGAACAUCCAAUACCUGCGAGACAUCCAAAUCGACUUUGACGAUGCGCUGCCAAAGCACGCCCCGGAUUCCACCAUCGAGACCCGUCGCUAUGUAGUCGACGAUUAUCUCAUGCACUGCCUGCGCAUUCUUCGAGAUGCCAAGCUCCGAAAAGUGAGGAUGACGUUCAUAGGACGGCGCCAGCUCCUCAAAUCGGACGUCAAGUUCCUCGGCUAUCUCGAACAGAUCAAAGCCGACGAGGUGAUCAAGCUGCCCAUGUCAUGGCAUAUGCAGGAGAAAGCUGGAGCAUGGAUCUGGGCAGGAAUUAAGGAGCAGAUGACCCGGAAGAAGAAGUUGUACGAGAAGAAGUAG